UUUGAAAUUUAAAACAAAAAUUGCCUAUAACUUUGUUUAUGUAACGAAAUCAAAAUAUUUGUUGAGAAACCAAAAGUUGUGUUCCUCAUCUGUGACAUUUUACCAAGAAAAUCAAAAGAAUUUUGUGUGUGAUUACCAUAAGUAAUUGUCAACAAAAUAAUAAUGAAAUUGUUCGCAUCCACAUCGCCUAGAACUGCAAAUGCUCUUAAAUUCGCAGCACUUGGCAUGACAUUAACCUCCUUGGCUGUGGUAAUUAUAGUUUUGGAUCCUCUAAAAAUGAUUGUCGAUUGGCAAUUAACCCUUAAACCUGGUACUCUACUGUACCAUCUGUGGAGAGCACCACCCUUGGAAUUAUUCAUCUCCGUCUAUGUGUUCAAUGUUACCAAUCUGGAUGCAUUUGUGCAAGGCAUCGAUACAAAGCUGAAGGUAGAAGAAGUUGGUCCAUAUGUCUAUCAAGAGAUGUUGACAAAUCAAAAUGUAACCUUCAAUGCCAAUGACACUGUGACCUUCAGGCCCGUGCGUCAGGUCAAGUUCAGGAGCGACAAGUCUAUAGGUGAUCCCAUGAAGGAUAUGAUUAUAGCACCCAAUAUACCAUAUAUGGGAGCCACUGCGGCAGCCUCAACCCUAUCGACAAUUGCCGCGUUGGGAGUGAGUGCAUUGACCCGUCAAAUAGGUUCGAAGGCCAUGUUGCAUAUGUCUGUGCACGAAUAUCUAUGGGGCUAUGAAGAUCAUUUGGUGUCGUUGGCCUCAAGAUUUGUACCGAGUUUCAUUAAUUUCGAACGAUUUGGAAUAUUGGAGCGUAUAUUCAAUGAAGGAGAGAAUAUGGUGACAAUGAAAUUGCCAUCGAAAAACAAAAAGGAACCUCAACAAGGGGCAACAGGGGAGGAAACGGAGUUGCCAGACUAUGCUUUGGAUACGUGGAAUGGUGGCAAGACAAUUAAGUUCUGGACCAAAAGGGGAGCCAAUAUCACAAAUUGCAAUGGCAUUCGCGGAGCCUAUGAUGUUACCCUCUUUCCCCGCAGCAUAAAAAAGGGUCAAACUUUUCGCUUUUAUCGCAAAGCCUUCUGCCGCACUUUGCCCAUGACCUUUACAACUACGGGUAAAAUUGAUGGCAUUGACGCCUAUCACUUUGAAUUGGAUGAUAAAGCCUUCGAUAGCAAUUGGACCGAUGUGAAUUCAUCCUGCUUUUGCACCAAUAAAAAGUGCCUCAAGAAGGGUUUGGCCAGCAUAACCCCCUGCUACUACAAUAUUCCUUUGGCUAUUUCCUUUCCACAUUUUUUAAACGCUGAUCCUUCAUUGUUAGAGCCCAUAGAAGGUUUGAGUCCCAAUAAAGAAAAACAUGGAUCAAAUUUUGCACUUCAACCGCAACUUGGUAUUCCCAUGAGAGCAAUAAUGCGUUUUCAGGUGAAUUUAAUGGUGGAUGACAUUAAAUUCAGUCGAGACAUGACAAGGUUUCGCAAUAAGGUGUUGCCGCUUGUAUGGCUGGAAAUUGCAGUUCAUGAUCUCACACCCGGCUUAAAAUUCCUUACUAAGUCAAUCUUCAAUAUUUGUCCCUAUCUGCAAUACUUUGCAAUAGUUGCCUUCUUUGUGGGCGGUUUAGCGCUUGUUGCCACCUCCAUGGUACGCAUCUUUAGAAUACCAACAAGUACUUUGACAUCGACAGCGGCCAAGGUUGCCACCACACUUAUACCGGUGGGCAGCAACAAUGGCAGCUGCAAUAAAAUGUUGGCCCUUGCGGAGGAGACCAAAAAGAAGGCAAGACAAUUGCAAAAGGCUCAUGUUAAUUUCUCGCCCCUGUUGCCGCUAACACAGAUACCCUUGGAUCCCACGAGAGGUGAGGAGCAGGAGCAGCUGCUAGAAAUGGAGCCCGAGCUGGGCGAGCAACAAGAGUUGCUUGACAUGGAGAUGGAAAUGGAGUUGGAAUUGGCAAAAAGGCUCCGAAGAACGAGCACGACAUUUACAUUGCCGGAAUUUAUGAGACAAUAGCCAAGAGAAAGUUCUAGUCCUUCGCCUGUCCUUUCCAUGCCAUCACCAUUUGAAGCUGGCAACCCAAAGCAUGCGUCGUUUGCUUUCGAGUUAUCGAUUGCAUGCAAUCUUGCAUAGCUUCGCCUCAUCGUCAGCUUAGUGUAGUUAGUUGUCAGUCGCCUCGUUAAGUCUCUUCAACAUGAGAAAAAGUAGCUUUUUUGUAGUAUCCUUUGUAGCUUUGUUUUUAUUUUGGGGGAAAGACGUAAAAAAGUAUUUAUGGCUGUGAUAAUAAAUUUAAGUUAAGUUUCCUUUACUUUCCUUUCGUUUCGUUUCGUUGUUCUUUCAUAAAGGGUUUCGCUUACAUUUCAAUUCCAUUUUCUCAUUUUAGUCAUUUAUUUUUUUUUGUAUCUUUACAAACGAGUGGGGUAUCUUAAAAAUAAGUUAAACACAAAAACAAACAAAACAAAACAACAAACUAGACUAUAUAUAAUUGUUACAAUU